AAUUCAAAUAUAAUAGACUGUACAAGCUACACAGCCAUACCACAACAGAUUUGAACUCAUCUUGAAUGGACUUACUAACAAGGAGGAUACAAACAUUCAAGCAUCAGCAUUUAACGAACUUGCUCAACUUGCUUGCAAGGAGCCUGAGAAACGCGUUGAAUUGUUUGGUAAUAUCGGCAAAGACUUACGGGAAAGUGUGUGGUAUCAUGUUAUGACCCAAUGUUUUCGCGUGAUCGAAGAGCUAAGAUUGUCUAUUGAUCCUGAAUAUAAAGGCAUUCGACCAGUUGAGGCUCCUGUUGUUCCUAUUAUUAAACCAACAGAACAAAAACUACGUAACCGCUUACAGCUUGCUGAUGACACCAACAUUUACGUUACCCCUAAAAAGCAGCUCUAUGAACUUGACGACCGUACAAACACGCUGUUUUUUCAAGCAGGUGAACUUGUCGAAUCAGUCACUCCUUCUGCAGAUCCCAUUAUUCGAGAAGCAAAGAACGAAUUGUCAACCAGAGUCAACAAUAUUGCUGAUUUCUUAAAGACUCUUGAAAUGAAGACAGGGUACAAAAACUAUUUUAUCAAAUUCUACCAAGAAUCUAGAGUAGCUCGCAUUCAAGAAAUGUUUAAAAAGUAUCAAUUAAUCGUUUGGGCUGUUCAAAUCCUUGGUAGCUUAACUGCAGCCUCACUGAAGGAAGACAGCUAUGGAUAUGUUCAAAAUGACCUUUCAACGGUAUUAAAUCAGCUGCUGGGAUGCUUUGAAGCUAUCGAAAAGUACAUGCAAAAGGAAACCGUUGUUGUUGAAGAAGUUGAGGCAGUAAAGAUGGCUCUGGAAGAAGCCAUCUUACAGAUUGUCAUCACUUUUAACGAUUAUUUGAACGUCUUCAAGAUUGAAAACAGGUAUCAAACCAUUUGGGGAAGAUUUUCUCAUUUCCAUUAGAGUUAAUAAAGCAUAUUUUAUUAUUAAAUUUUAAACUUUACGAGAAAGC